GCAUCAUUCCCCGGGUCGCUCCCACAGCAGCUCGUCCCUUUCCUCCGUUCUAUCACAUUCCCUAGAAAAACAGGCCUGUUUGUCCUUUCCUUGUCACAUAUCCUCCUCCUUUCUCCUCUCUUUCCACCUCUCUCUCCCCACUUCGCACUUCGCCUCCCUGCCGCCCCUCCCUCUUGGUGCCACUACUGGCGAUCAGCUCCGCGCUAACACCCUCCGCAAUGACUGCACCAACCAGCAUGACCGCACGCGCCACCAUUCGCACACCCACUGCCGUCAAUGCCGCCGCACCAGCCGCGAUACCCGUAUCCACCGCCAUUAGAACGGGAAGCGCUAUCCGCGCUGCCGCGUGCUGCCGCCCGCCUCGUCGCUGCUUCUCUGCCGCCCCUGCGCGCCGAUCACUGCCGGCCCGUGCUGCGAUCGCAGCCGUCCAUGCGCACGCGGACGGACGGCAGAUGCCGCUGGGAGCGGGGCGAAGCCUCAAGGCAGCGCCAGAGACGGCGCAGAGCGCGGUGAUCGCGGGGAUUGCGGGGGCGCCUAGCCUCGGCGCAUUUGCUUCCAGUAACUCUCAAGAAGUAGCCUUGAGCGGUGGAGAGCGGCGCAGGACGAUUCUAGUGCGAGCAGAGAAUACAGAGACAGGAGGCGGAGGGGGAGGGGGGAGUGGGGGAGGUGACUUCGGCGGCGGGAAAGACGGAGGUGGAGCAGGAGGAGGAGGGGGAGGGGGAGGGGGAGGGGGAGGAGAUAAUAAAGCGUCAGGCCUGGGUGCGAUAUGGAGCAUCUACCUGCACCUGCUGGACCGCCACCCGCUGGCAGUGAAGGCCGGCACGUCCAUGCUGCUCAACCUGCUGGGCGACCUCUUCUGCCAGUUGGUGGUGGAGGGCUCUACUAAGGUGGAUGUGAGGAGAGCGGCCACCAUCUCACUGCUGGGGCUGCUGCUUGUGGGACCCACACUGCACGUCUGGUACUCGCUGCUGUUUCGCAUGGUGGCAAUGCAGGGCACAGGCGGCACUCUCAUUCGCCUCGCUCUAGACCAGCUGCUCUUCUCGCCGCUCUUCAUCGCUGUCUUCUUCUCCAGCCUGCUCACCCUUGAGGGCCGCCCCUCCGCCAUCCCUGACGUGCUCAAGCAGGAGUGGGCCAAGGCAGUGGUGGCCAACUGGAAGGUGUGGAUUCCGUUUCAGUUCCUCAACUUCCGCUUCGUGCCGCUGCACCUUCAGGUCGCAGCUUCCAAUGUCAUAGCAUUGCUGUGGAACGUCUACCUAUCCUUUGCAAGCCAUCGUAGCGUCAAGGAGACGUAACAAUGACGGUGUUGCUUCUUUGAUGCUGAUGUAGUUGCAUCCUUCGUAUUGAUGCUGUUGUAUAUUGGAAACGGCUAGAGUAGUGCAUAGUUGGACACUUACAACCUUAAUUAAAUCAAGUCACAUCAGUCCA